CCCGACGCGGCCAGCCGGCGGGAGCGGCGAGGAGCCGCCCGCUUCCCCCGGAGCCGCCGCCGCCCCCGGCGGGGGGCCCGCCCGCGGGGAGGCGGGGGCGAACUGGGGCGGGCAGAGCUCCUCGUUCGUGACUCUGUCCAAGGUCUCUUGGAAUCGCUUCUCCUCCCGAGCGCUGUGCCAGCGCCACGACGCUUUCGUUUUUUCCUAGAUAACUUUAAUUAUUUUGUGGUCAGAUGUGGAGCUCCUCUUGUGGCUCCGCGCGGCUUUUUCAUCACUACUUCGAUGGACAAGUGACAGAGUCAGCUCCCCACUACGGUCGAGACAAAGACUGGUUUUUUCCUGUGGUUGUUGAGGGAGUUCUGUCAGUCUGGCAGGUUCAGCACAUGCUGCACCUCGUUCUUUUAUGCAGUCUUUGCAGAAUUGUGAUCUUUCAGUAGAGAGGCCUCUAAGACAGAAAACGUCAAACUACGGAAACAGUUGGGCAUUUUUUUUUCUAAUUUUUUUCUGCCCUGGAUCCGUUCAGUUGUAGAACUUCUAACAUUUAAGUGUCAUCCCAGUGAAGGUAACACACGGACACAGGAAGAAUCCAAAUACAACUGAAGAUCAUGGCAACACACUGGAGAAGAAUCCUGACAGUAUUUGUGACAGCUCAAGUACUAUUUGUGGUGAAUGCCUUUGAGGAAGAGGACGUACCAGAGGAAUGGAUUCUUCUUCACGUUGUCCAAGGUCAGAUUGGAGCAGGAAACUACAGCUAUUUGAGACUAAAUCACGAGGGAAAGAUUGUUCUUCAGAUGCGGAGUUUAAAAGGUGACGCAGACUUGUACGUGUCUGAUGUGACACUGCACCCCAGCUUUGACGAGUACGAGUUACAGUCUGUGACUUGUGGCCAGGACAUCGUCCACGUGCCCGCACACUUCCGCCGCCCUGUAGGAAUAGGGAUUUACGGCCACCCCUCUCACCUGGAGAGCGAGUUUGAAAUGAAAGUGUACUAUGAUCGAACAGUUGUACAGUACCCGUUUGGUGAGGCUUCUUACAACCCUGAGGAGAUGGAGGCAAACCAGAAAUACUCACAGUCUACAGAAGAUGAAUCUCAGGAUGAGGAGUCUGUUUUCUGGACUAUACUUAUUGGAAUCUUGAAAUUAAUACUUGAAAUCCUUUUUUAAAUUGAUACACACUGGACUUAAGUCACACUUCAUCCUGUUAAAUUGGUAUGAAUGACAUGCUGUAAUACCUAAUACUCACUAUGUUUCCUGAAGAGAUAUUCGGGUUACAUUUCCAAAACCAGAAAGGAAGUGGGGAGAAAAAGCCAUAUUUAAUUUUAUAUUGUAAAUCCUCCCCAGUAUGUAAAAUGAGCAGCCAGGACAGUGUUUGCAGUGCUCUUCAGAGAUCAGGGCUUAAAAAUGAAUGUAUAGUUGGGAUCUUGUUAAAUUCACUUAUAAAAUAGGUGCUUAGGAAAAUCAAUUCCAAUUCAGUAUUUUCUAUUGUUUUUAUAAAAAAAAUGAAUAAACUACUGUACUUCAGC